UGGAUCGUUCAAUUGACAGCUCGUUUGACAGGCCUUUUCGUUUCCAGCUUUUUUGAAGAUAACCCAAAAAAAUGGGACGUGUGAUUCGUGCACAACGUAAGGGAGCGGGUUCCGUUUUCACGGCCCAUACAAAAAAACGCAAGGGAGCUCCUAAAUUCCGCCCUCUUGACUUUGCUGAACGUCGCGGAUACUUAAAGGGCGUCGUCAAGGAAAUCAUUCACGAUCCAGGUCGCGGAGCUCCAUUAGCUGUCGUUCAUUUCCGUGAUCCUUAUCGCUACAAGACGCGCAAGGAAUUGUUCGUCGCUGCCGAAGGCAUGUACACGGGACAAUUCGUGUAUUGCGGAAAGAAGGCUCAACUCCAAAUCGGCAAUGUUUUGCCCGUUGGUUUGAUGCCUGAAGGUACCAUCAUCUGCAAUUUGGAAGAGAAAACCGGCGAUCGUGGAAAGCUUGCCCGUACAUCAGGCAACUAUGCUUCCGUCAUUGCCCAUAAUCCCGAUACACACAAGACUCGUGUCAAGUUGCCAUCGGGCGCCAAGAAAGUUAUUCCAUCGUUCAAUCGUGCUAUGGUUGGAAUCGUUGCUGGCGGAGGUCGUAUCGACAAACCAAUCUUGAAAGCAGGACGUGCUUAUCACAAAUACAAGGUUAAGCGUAACUGCUGGCCCAAGGUACGUGGUGUUGCCAUGAAUCCCGUUGAGCAUCCUCACGGCGGUGGUAACCAUCAACAUAUUGGUAAAGCCUCGACAGUUAAACGAGGAACUCCUCCAGGUCGCAAAGUUGGUCUUAUUGCUGCUCGUCGUACGGGUCGUAUUCGUGGCGGAAAGGGAGAUGAAAAAUUGAAGGAAAAGGACAAGAAAUAAGCAGAUAAAUAAGUGAACAACCUUCUGCUUCUCUGAUUCACGAAAUAUUACAUCAAUAAAAAAAUGUCAAAUGAAUUGAUACGAA